UAGUCCCUUUAGGGGUGGAGAGUAUGUAAGACUUUCGACCUUUGAACCUGCAGCACAGGACAGCACAGAGACGUCCAGGUUACACGAGACACUGGUCAACAUGUGUCUUCUGUCUGUGUUAUAUCUGUUCCUGAGUCUCUACUGCUGUCAUGCAGCUGCAGUAUUUGUGGGGAGAGACGAAGCUCACGGAGUCUUGAGUCGCAUCAAACGGGCAAACUCGGGCUGGUUUGAGGAGCUGAAGACGGGUAAUCUGGAGAGGGAGUGUCUGGAGGAGAAAUGCUCCUUUGAGGAGGCGCGGGAGGUUUUUGAACACGAGGAGGCUACAAACGAGUUCUGGAAAAACUACAAUGUUCAAGAUCACUGUAAAUCAAACCCAUGUGUAAACAACGGCCUCUGCACGAGCCAGAACGCAGAUUUCUACACGUGUUUGUGUACGCCGGGUUUCAGUGGUCGUAACUGUGAACAGGAAAUGAAAGCCGUUCCUGAUUCUUGUCUACAUGAUAACGGCCACUGCGAGCACUUCUGUAUGGACGGAGACGAUCAGAGAAACUGUUCUUGUGCUGAAGGAUAUUACUUAGGAUCAAACGAACAGAGCUGUCUGACACACGAAGCGUUUCCGUGUGGAAAGGUUCCACUCCUUCAGGGUAGUGGCAGUGCAAAAAACCUUCAGGACGACACAAGAUCUCGUAUCGUCGGUGGAACUGAAUGUCCAAAAGGUCACUGUCCGUGGCAGGUGUUACUGAAGUACGGAGAGAAGGGUUUCUGUGGUGGUGUGAUCUUUAAACCCACCUGGAUUCUCACAGCUGCUCACUGCCUGGAUAAACUCAAAGUCAAGUUUCUCAAGAUAGUCGCAGGAGAGCAUGACAUCGAGGUUGAGGAGGGCACCGAACAGGUCAUUCAGGUAGAGAAGAUCAUCAUGCACCCCAAAUACGUUUCAGAGACUGCUGACAGUGAUAUUGCAUUACUGCGUCUGCACAAGCCCAUCACCUACAGCACAUACGCCGUCCCGAUUUGUCUGCCUCUGCGAGACAUGGCCGAGCGUGAGCUGUGGGCAGUUAACAUGCACGUGGUCAGCGGUUGGGGGAAACGCAGCGAGGGCGGACCUACCUCACGAGUACUGCGUCGUCUUAAGGUUCCUCGUAUUCGCACACAGGAGUGUAUCGAGAAAAGCAACGUGUCGCUCACCAAUAACAUGUUCUGUGCCGGUUACAUCGAGGGUAAGCAGGACUCAUGUAAAGGGGACAGUGGAGGUCCGCUGGUGACCCAAUACAGAAACACUACCUUUCUGUUGGGCAUUGUGAGUUGGGGUAAAGGAUGUGCCCGCCCCGGCUCUUAUGGUAUUUAUACACGUAUCUCCAACUACCUUCAAUGGAUCCAUGAACAUACUGAGAUCGAGCUUCAAAAGCAAAACAAACAAAUAAAGUAAAAGAAUGUCUCUACAUGUAAUCUUCACAUUUUCCUAUUUAUAUUUUAUGUGAUUUUUUUCUGACAUUUUCAUCUACUUCCUGGUCUAGUCUUCUACAGGUAUUUCUGAAAAUAUUAAAUAUGUUUGGCCUUUAAGUUUAAUUGUGUAUGAAUGCUUGUACAUGUUGUCUCUUUAAUGCAGAUGGCAGAUGACUUACAUCAAUGGAAAUAAUAAAAUAAUCUAUAAACCUG